CGUUAUAUUUACACUCCUACGGUUGAUAUCUCCCAUGGUAUGAAAAGCAGGUCAACUUGUGGCCCUGUCACUGAAAAACGCAGGGUCAGUAAACGUAACUUAUAAGUGAGAAACAACACCAGCUGGCGUCAAUGUUAAAUAUUAAUCGACAUCUGAAGGGCUGAGACUUAAUUCACUGAGAAAAUGUCUGAUUUCGACUUGAAAAGCUUUACAAUUCCCGGCCAACACUACCUAGAUGGUGUACUCCUGGGUGGAUACUCGCCUCGAGAAAGUAUAGAAAUGGUGAAAACGUUCGACAUGUUUGAAGAUGACUGCGUGGUUUCAGCAUAUCCCAAAUCAGGUCAGACAUGGAGCCUGGAGUUGGUUUACCUCAUCCUUCACUACGACAGCUACUAUGAAAACGAAGAGACGGACAGCCUCAUGCGUACACCAUGGUUGGAACAUGGCAAGGUCGAUAACGCAAGACUACGAGAGUUGGGCGAGGUCCCGCGACCACGAGUUUUCAAAACACACGUGGCUGCGCACCAGCUACCUGAGCAAAUGCGAGAGAAGCACUCAAAGAUGAUACACGUGUUGAGAAAUCCUAAGGAUGUCGCCGUCUCCUACUACCAUUUCUACCGUAUGGAUGCAAGCCUUGGCCGCUUUCCAGGCACGUGGUCUCAGUUCUACGGGAUGUUUAUGGCGGGAAAUGUAGCCCACGGAUCAUGGUUUGAUCAUGUGCUUCAGUUUUGGCGGGAAUUUAAAGAUAACAAAGACGUUCUGUUUCUCCACUACGAAGAUAUGGUUAAAGAUCAUGCUGGGGCAGUUCGAAAGGUUGCCAACUUUCUUGGGAAAUCUUUAAAUGAGAAUGUAGUCGAGGAAAUAGUCAGACGUACUUCUUUCGGAAGUAUGAAACAAAAUCCAGCCACCAAUUUUUCAAAAUUUGAGGUUUUUGACUACUCAGUUUCCCACUUUUAUCGCAAAGGGAAAGUGGGCGACUGGAAAAAUUACUUCACCGUCCAACAAAAUGACGAAUUUGAUGAAGUCUACCGAGCGAAAAUGGCAGACAGCGGUUUAAGCGUUGACUUUGGCGAGUAA